CAGAGUGCACGAGAGUAGGGGGUAGGGCUUCAUUCCGGAUUAAACCAGAGCGAUCCGGUCUGUUGGGGAAGAGUGUCAGGGACGCUGUGGACUGAGUAGAGUGUUAUCUCUUCAUGUCUGGGAUUAUAAAGGCCAUGGCGAAGUUUCGUCUGGCUGUUGUGCAGCUGCACGUAACAAAGUUAAAGGCUGAAAACUUGUCUCGGGCUCAGAAGCUGGUGAAGGAGGCGGCAGGGCAGGGGGCAAAGGUCGUGGUCUUACCUGAGUGCUUCAACUCUCCGUACGGGACGGGAUACUUUGCGGAAUACGCGGAGAAAAUUCCGGGAGAAUCGACGCAGGUCCUGGCGAAGCUCGCUGAGGAGUGUGGGGUUUAUCUAGUAGGCGGCUCCAUUCCAGAGGAAGAUGAAGGGAAGCUCUUUAACACCUGCUCAGUUUUUGGGCCUGAUGGGAAAUUACUGCUUAAACACAGGAAGAUCCACCUGUUCGACAUCGACGUUCCUGGGAAAAUCCGUUUCCAGGAGUCGGAGACACUGAGUCCGGGGAGCAGUCUGUCCGUGUUCGAGACCCCGUACUGUCGAGUGGGAGUGGGGAUCUGCUAUGACAUCCGCUUCGCAGAGCUCGCGCAGAUCUACGCCAGGAAAGGUUGUGAGCUGUUGGUUUACCCCGGAGCCUUUAACAUGACCACAGGACCUGCUCACUGGGAGCUGCUUCAGAGAGCUCGGGCCGUGGAUAAUCAGGUGUACGUGGCCACGGCUUCACCGGCGAGAGAUGAGAGCGCCAGCUACGUGGCCUGGGGUCACAGCUCGGUCGUUAACCCCUGGGGUGAAGUGAUCGCACAAGCACAGUCUGAAGAGAGCGUAGUGUACGCCGAUAUCGACCUGCAGUACUUGGCCGACGUGCGUCGACAGAUCCCCAUCACCACGCAGAGGCGUAAAGAUAUAUACACCGUGGACGCUGUUAACGAGGGCGUGAUAACAUCCUAAUAAUCCUUAUCCAAAUUUCAUUUCAAUUCAGAUGUAAUCCAAAUCAUCCCAAUCCCGACGUCCCAAUAAACCCCAAUCUUGACGAUCCCGAUCUUUACAUAAUCCAGAUGAUGCCUAUCAGAAUAUAUCCUUAACAUUCUCAAUCUGAAAUAUAAUCCUGAUUAUUCCCUAUCCAGAUAUACUCCCAAUAACCUUUUUCCUUUUUGGAUUUAAUCCCUCUCUCAUUCACGUUCAGUAAUCGUUGUCUCGGGCGCACUGGGCGCGGGCCCGGGAUGGGACACCACAGUCCUAGUAAUUCCUACAUGGAAAUCAUCCCUACCUGGAUAUAAUCCUAUAACCAGUCUCUGUCCUGAUAUAAUCCUGUUAUUCCCUCUCCAUAUAUAAUACCAAUCAUUUCUGUCUGUACGUAAUCCAUAAAAUAUAUUUCUGCAUAUAAUCAAGAUCAUCUCUAUCCAGAUAUCAUUUUGAUAAUCCCUAUCUGGAUAUAAUCAUGAUAAGGGGUAUAUUUAGGUAGGGAUUAUCAUCUCUGUCCGGAUAUAAUCCUGUUAUUCCUAAUCUACAUAUAAUUCCAAUGGAAUAUGGAUAGAAUCCUUAUAAUCCCUGUCUAGACAUACUCCCUAUCAGGAUAUAAUCCCAUUCAGGAUAUAGUGUCUAUAAUCCCUGUCUAGACAUACUCCCUAUCAGGAUAUAAUCCCAUUCAGGAUAUUGUCUAUAAUCCCUGUCUAGACAUACUCCCUAUCAGGAUAUAAUCCCAUUCAGGAUAUAGUGUCUAUAAUCCCUGUCUAGACAUACUCCCUAUCAGGAUAUAAUCCCAUUCAGGAUAUUGUCUAUAAUCCCUGUCUAGACAUACUCCCUAUCAGGAUAUAAUCCCAUUCAGGAUAUAGUGUCUAUAAUCCCUGUCUAGACAUACUCCCUAUCAGGAUAUAAUCCCAUUCAGGAUAUAGUGUCUAUAAUCCCUGUCUAGACAUACUCCCUAUCAGGAUAUAAUCCCAUUCAGGAUAUAGUGUCUAUAAUCCCUGUCUAGACAUACUCCCUAUCAGGAUAUAAUCCCAUUCAGGAUAUAGUGUCUAUAAUCCCUGACUAUACAUACUCCCUAUCAGGAUAUAAUCCCAUUCAGGAUAUAGUGUCUAUAAUCCCUGUCUAGAUAAACUCUUCAUAGUCUCUACCUAAAUAUAAUCCCUAUCAUUUCUUUUUGGAUCUAGUCCUGAUAAUCUACAUCCAAAUGAAAUCACCCCCCCCCCCCCCCCCAAUCCAGAUAUAAUCCUUAUAAUCCCUAAUCAAAUACAACGCCUAUAUUCCCUAUGCAGAUAUAGUCCUAAUAAUUCCUGUAUGGAUAUUAUAAUGGUGUUCCCUUUGAGAACAUCAUUGUUAUACCUGUUAACGGUGUCUUUGUUGCACGUUUGAUCAGUAACCGUCAGAGGGGACAGGUUUAACCGUCACACAGUGCCUGACGUCAUCUAUCAGCGUUUAUCUCAGGACAGAAAAAAAAACAUUAUCAUGGUUCAUAUUAAAGAAAUGACAGACUGUCAGUGUAAAUGUAGGGACGUUAAGGCACGUCGAAUGAUUUACAUGACAGUGAGAAUGAAUGCUGUGAAUACUGUGUAAAUCCUCCUACUGCCUGGAAUGAGUGAUGUUAUGACCUGUGACAAUGGAGAAAUAAAAUGGAACUUUCUACCCACA